AUGGCAUGUCCGAAUAACAUAACAGCAGGUAACUUCCUCAUGGAUUCCUUGAUGGGAGGAUCAUCUUCUUACAGAGGUGAAGGCUAUUCUGGCAAUCCUGGAAUGUACAUUCAAACGGCUGCUGAUUAUGGAUGUUCAGUGAUGAGAAAUAUUGAAAAAGUUGGACAGUCCCUCGUCAAAAUAGAUGACGUUCCUCUGGGAAGUGUCUCUCUCAGUGCAUACCAAGAUGCGCCUUACCUGUCAUCUCAAGUGGGUACUUUGGGUGCGGGGUCCAAAACUGGCAUGAACGAGGAACCUGUUGCCCGGUGUUUACAUCCUUGCUCGUUUCCAGCGGGCAACGUCAAAGAGGAGGCGUUUUGUUGUCUUUAUAGUGACAGUGGCAGGGCUGAAGAGGUAACCGAGUCGGCCACUUACAUCCGGCUUGGAGACAACAGCCAGUCUGACCAAACCGUUGUCUCGUCACCCGAGUGCUUCCAAACAACUCAAGUGUACAGCCGAGAAAGGCUACAGUUCGCUCCAGACUUUGCUUUGGUCCAACCAACAACAUCUGUUGUAUCGCCAAGUAAAUCAACGGAAAGUGUCGGUAAACCGAGCCAGGACGCAAAACUCCUGGCCUCGAAGGGCGAAGAUCAAGAACAGAGAAAUGUCAGCAAGGAGAAGCAGGCCAAGACUGACAGUUGUUCUGAUAACUCCGACGAGGAUUUUAAAGAAGACUGCUCAUUGGAAAACGCUACGGGAAACUGGCUUAAAGCCAAAAGUGGACGAAAGAAGAGAUGUCCAUACACAAAGCAUCAAACGCUGGAGCUGGAGAAGGAGUUCUUGUUCAACAUGUAUUUGUCUCGCGAGCGCCGUCUGGAGAUCAGCAAGAGUAUCAAUCUGACUGAUAGGCAGGUCAAGAUUUGGUUUCAGAACCGACGGAUGAAACUGAAGAAACUGAAUAGGGAAAGUCGUGGUCGGGAGCUCACACCAGUCUUUAACUUCUCCUGAACCCCCAAAAUGUUUCUAAACCAUUACACACAGACACACAUAUUCACAUACAAACAAAUGGUGUCUUGUAAAGACAAAUGCAACGAAACUCCACAAACAAUAGGCUACUUAAAACACAUACACACACAGCGUGCCUUCAUAUACUGAACGAGUUUGAAACAAUACCAAAAAGUGAGGUUUUUGGUCAAGUAUGUUUAUACUAGAUCCUUCUGAACAUUGUUGCAUAUUGGCCAAUGAUAACUGUUAUGCCCUGGCCUAAGUGUCCAUGAGUAAAGGUGAAAGCCUAAAUUUGACUCACAACUUCAAGUUGUUUAAUU